AUGGGUGAAGAUAUCAUUCGAGUAGUGCUGAAACGUGGUGGAGGCGGUAUAGGACUCAGUAUCGUGGCAGCUCAGGUAAGAUUCCUACUCCAAUAUUUACCAUCUCUUUUUCUUUCUAGUUUGUCUUUUCUUGUUGAUUUUCUCUGACA